GGCAAUCGUCCUGCUGCAGCGAUCUACAACGUAGCUGAAGCGACGCUCCGCCGCCGACGCGCUGGGAUACCUGCCCGACGCGAUUGCCAGCCCAACUCAAGGAAGCUUACCGAGCGAGAGGAGCAGGUGAUUAUUAGAUAUAUACUCGACUUAGAUACACGUGGAUUUGCGCCUACGUACGAAGCUGUACGUGAUAUGGCUGAUAAGCUGCUGGCUGCGCGCGGCGCUGGUCAGGUCGGCGUCCACUGGCCGCGCAACUUUGUUAAGCGUACAGACAGUCUUACGACAUGUUUCAAUCGAGCGUACGAUAGGCAGCGAGCUCUAUGCGAGGAUUCAGCCCUAAUUAAGAGCUGGUUUAAGCUUGUAGAGGAGACAAAGGCUAAGUACGGCAUCUGCGAUGGUGACGUAUACAACUUUGACGAGGCCGGCUUCAUGAUGGGCAAGAUCACGACUCAGCUCGUCGUGACAGGGUCAGAGAGGAGAGGCAGGCCAAAGGCUAUCCAGCCUGGUAAUCGCGAGUGGGUAACGUUGAUCGCGGCGAUUAACGCUGCUGGCUGGUCAGUCCCACCAUUCCUCAUCUUCGCUGGCCGGUAUCACCUGUCUGCCUGGUAUGAGGAGGAUAUCCCACGCGACUGGGCGAUCGCAGUUAGUGACAACGGCUGGACGAAUAAUGAGCUAGGAGUAGAGUGGCUGAAGCACUUCAACGCUUACACGAAGACUCGCGUUGUUGGUGCGCGUCGCCUGCUCGUCUUUGACGGCCACAAGAGCCACCACUCUCUUGAGUUUCAAGAGCUCUGCAAAGAGAACAAUAUCUACACGCUCUGUAUGCCACCUCACUCAUCUCACCUACUCCAGCCUCUUGAUGUUGGCUGUUUCUCGCCAUUGAAGCGCGCGUACAGCCGUGAGGUAGAGAGCCUGAUCCGCCACCACAUCAACCACAUCACGAAGCUCGAGUUUCUCCCAGCGUUCAAGACAGCGUUUAAUCGAUCGUUCACGCCAGCCAAUAUCUGCUCAGCUUUCCGCGGCGCAGGCCUUGUUCCUCUCCAGCCAGACGCUGUCCUCUCGAAGCUAGACGUGCAGCUCCGUACGCCUACUCCAGCUGCUCUACCAGAGGCUCCUUGGGAAGCUUGUACGCCGAGCAACGUACGCGAGCUUGAAGCUCAAUCGACGUUAAUACGUGAGCGCGUGCGACGGCAUAAGAGCUCAUCACCAGCUUCGAUUAUUCAGGCGAUUGACCAGCUCAAGAAGGGCGCUGAGGUAAUGAUGCUCUCAGCCGAGCUAAUGCGCGAUCGGAUUGCCAGCCUUGAGAAGGCUAAUGAGGCAGCGUCAGCGCGUAAACAGCGUAAAAAAAAGCGUAUACAACAGCGAGGAGUCUUAACAAAGGGAGCUGGCGAGGAUAUACUCGCUCAACGUGAGGCUGAUCAGCAGAUUGCUCGUGAGCAGCGUCAAGAAGGAGAGCGAUCAGGCGUGAGCCGCCAGGCUCUCGCGCGCUGUAAGAAGUGCAGAGAGACUGGACAUAACUCUCGUACGUGCAAGAAAGAUACCUUAGAUACUGCUUAA